UAGAAACUUGCUUGCUUUUUGAUGGCUUCGAAAAAAAAUCAAAGUAAACCGAAUAGAAAUGAAAAUCAGUUCAAAUUUUAGUCAUCACUUUUAAUCGGAACAUUGACAAAAUGAAGACGAUGCAGUCAAAAGUCGGUAAAAAGUAUAAUUACUUUGGACAUCGGCCACCGAAGCCACGAUUACGGCCAGAUUUAAAGUGGGACUCAACCGAUAAGGUCGAUCAAUACAAAUGCAUUCAGCGCAUAUUUCACUUGCAUUUCGAGUUGGAACGAGCAAAACAUGAAUCCGAAUUGAAGGAGAAACGCCUAUUUCUGACUGAGCUCGAUCAACAAGUCAAAGAGAAACAGUUAAAAUUGCAUGAAUUAAAAACGGUCGAAUUUCAAAGGGUAAAAAAUUUGCUGAAAGAACGCAAUGAGCCGGUUAAUGCACAGAAAUCACCCGAUAAAAUCAUGGAAGACUGUGAAUGUCGACUGUUUGACAAACGCAAAAUGUUGGAUCUACUGCGUUACGAGCAAGAAAAAUUGUGCCAAUUGUAUGAAUACAAGCUAAUUUAUUUGGCCGAACGACAAGACCGUGAGAAAUACGUGGAACCGCAUCAAACCAAUGAAGAGUUUAAAGUCAAACAUUUGGAAUAUUUACUGGGCAAUUCCGAAAUUCAAAUUCAAACCUAUGAAAAUUUCCAUCGGCAUUGCGAAAGCGUUAUAAACCAGCUAACCGAAGAGUCGUUACACUAUGUUAACACCUUGAACUCUCUCGAAAGUGAGGUAAACGAACAGAAUAACAUUUUGAAAUCGAUCAAUAAAUUGGGAAUGCCAGCAUAUGAAAGCGCACAAAAGAAUAAAAAAUAUUUGGAAAAUAUGGAAAAACGAAUGUCCAGCGAAGCGGCUCGACGUCAAACCACGAUCAGCACAUACAAACGCGAUCUAUUGAAGAAUGAACGGAAUAUUUUCAAGCAUCUGCCGAAAGAUGAGAAUUUCAUUGCCAUCGCACCCGAUCGAUACGUACGAGAAACAUCGAGCGUAUUCGAUUUGCGUUUGCACUAUGAACGAGUCGACAAUCAAACAAAGCAACUGUGUGAUGCGGCUGCCUGCGCAAAUACAACGGAACUAUUUGCAACGGUAAAAGAUAUUUUCACGAAAUUGAAAGCGGGCGAAGAGAAAAUCGGCGUUCUGGAAAAUAAACUGGUCGAAAUGGAUGAGCGCAUAGGGAAGGCGAAACAAUUUAAAGAUCAACUCAGCUAUAGCGUUCAGAAUGAAGAUAUCGAAGUGAUUAAACGAAUCGAUCAUGUUAAUGAGCAAAUCGGUUUGGAUUUGCAAACCAGAAAAUUAAUCGGAGUUAAAACGAAAUCAAUCGAAGGUGAAUUGUUUAAAGUGCAGUUUGCAAUGCAACACUUGGUCAAUUUGCUUCGUAAUGUAAAUGGCAAGCGGCCAAUGAUCCGAAAAGAAUAUCCAAAUGAAGUUUUGGCUUUACCUCUGCAUGAUUUGCAUCUCGUGUCGUAUGAAGAUAAAGCGAUUCCACCCGAAACAGUCGAAGAAAACGUCGACACACUGUUCAAAGCCGUUUUCAAUCGCAUCAAACCAUUGAUGAAAGAGUAUUCACAAAUCAAAACCACGUCCGAUAACUUUUUACACGAUUGCGAGAAGCGACACGAACAUCUUGUGCUGGAAGAACUUUCAGAACAUGCCAAACACCAAUGACGAUAAAACAAAUGAAACUGCAAAGCAAAGAAGAGCUUUUUCAAAAACUUUCAAACUAAAAUUAAUCUCCCGAAUGUAGACAACCAUGAAAAGAAAAUGAAUAAAAACGAG